UUCUAACGCAAAGAUUACGGACAAGUCAGUCGAUGAAAUUCUCGAUUUGAUAACGCAGCUGGGCAAUCUCUACAUGUCUAUAAUUGUCACAGAUAAUAGUCAUGAUGUGGAAUUAGAUAAACUUUUAACAACUUACUACAACGGAUCUUACGAUGUCGCUGAAAUUAUGAAAAAUCUGACGCCACAAUGUUCAGUGAUAUUAUUGAAAUGUAUGCUACAUGGUGCUGCAAGAAAUUGUUCGGAGCUUUUUGAAUUUCGCAAGACACAGGACGGAUACUGUUGCACCUUCAAUUACGUGCGUGAAAGCGACGACAUUCUUGAACUGAACCAUAUGAUUAAUCCGAGAGACCAGGAACAAGUAAAGACUCUCGGAAUAAGAAACGGUCUAACCAUCGUAAUGGAUCCACUUUUGGAUGAUUAUUUCUAUUCAAUAUUGCCUGUUAAGGGUUGGAAAGUGACUGUGUUUAAUCCUACCGAUUAUCCAGAUAUGACCAGUGGUGGUGUCACGGAGGUAAUCGCAAUGCCUCAGUAUGAGACAUAUCUAGAUGUGAAAGCAACGCUCUUUAACAGUUCACAGACUGUUAUACAUUUACCCAGAGAUAAACGUGACUGCAUUUUUGCAGAUGAAAUAGUUUUUUCAAAUAUUACGAUAUAUACUUACAGUGAUUGUAUCGUCAAUUGUAAGAUUAAUGACAUACAGGAGUUCUGUGGAUGCAGACCGUUCAUUUAUCCACGUCGUGGCAAGAAAGAACAUUCGUGGCGUAUUUGCAAUAUCACGGACUUUCAAUGUCUAGCUAAGUACAAAUCUAAACGGUUAAUAAUUUUCCCUCACGAUGAUGAACACAGCAUUUUGCACGACGAAAAAGAUGCUUUAUAUUGUUUCAAGUGUUAUCCUGCCUGCCACGACACUCAUUAUGAUGUAACAAGUUGGAGAAAUUUUAUAGAACACGGUAUAUUUGAAGCUUACAUAUUUGCGAAUUACAAUAUUACUGAUGAAGGAGUGCUGCAUGUGUACUUUUCGAAAUACGGCACAAUCAGAUUAAAACAAGAUGUGGCUUCUUACUGGUAUAAUCUCUUAAGUGAUAUCGGCGGUAUAUGUGGCGUCUUCAUCGGCUUUAGUUUCAUCACUAUAGUGGAGCUUCUGUACUUUUGUGUGCUCGUAUUUUGCGAUAUUCUCUGUAAAAGAUCGAUUUUUCAGAAAGAUGAUCGCAAGACUGAAAUCCCAUCAUUAAACCAAACUCGAACAACAGAAGAAAUAUAUUGGAACGAACUGCUUCCACGAUCUUGGCAUUCAGCAAAACGUGACAAAUUCUUUAUUUAUAAAAGAGCUAGAUAUUAA